UCACCUUCCUCUGUUUGUCUUGUUUUCCUCUUUCACUUUCGCUGUAUGGCCAUGCUUUGCCGCUCCGUGCUCGGAGGCCGUGUGGGGGCUCGGUUCAUUCUCCGCAGUGACUGGGCGGGUGAGUGAGUGAGCGAGCGAGCUCAGUGGGGUUUGGAGCUGGUGGGAAGAGGCUCGCUCUUGCUCUGCUCACGCCAUCGCGCUCCAAUGGCAGCCUCGCUAGCAGGAGCGGCGGAGCAGGCGACCCCUCCCCCCGCUGCGGAGGGAACCAAGAUGGGGGUCAUGUCUCCGACGAAGCUGAGGAUGAAGCUGCUGGGAAUGGGAUCCCAUCCCCAUCCCCAUCCCCAUCCCCACGGAGCCGCCAGCAAGGACGAGGUGGCCAGCAAGUCGCCGUCCAGGCUCCACGCCGACGACCACCCCAAGAACAGCCUCCUGCCGCCCCAGGAGCUCGACGAGGGCUCCUCGGAGUACCCCAAGGACCGCUCGGACUCCUCUUCCCGGUCGCGCUCCAGCGGGAGCCACGGCAGGCCUGCUGCUCACUCCGGCAGCUUCGAGUUCCACAUGGAGGAGAGGGCGGCCGUGGCCGGGCUCGGGCCCUUCUUCCGGCAGGUGCCGUCCAAGUGGAACGACGCGGAGAAGUGGAUCGCCGGGAGGCACGUCGUCCACUCCAACCCCAUCUUCUCCAAGAAGGCCGCCGCCGUGCACGGCCACAGCGGUGUCGGCGGAGGCUGCGUGCGCGUCGCGCCGGAGUCUGCGCCGCCGCCGUCGGACGCGAAGAAGGCGGGCGGCGGGAGCGCGCUGACAGAGCUGCCGCGGUCGCCUUCGCCGUCGUCGUCGCUGUCGUCGGUCACCGGGCCGGCGAGCAAGCAGCGUCGCGACACGAAGCUCCGCACCCAGGUGGGCGCUCCGGCGGCGCAGUCGUCGUCGGUGUCGAUGAGGGACGUCGGCACGGAGAUGACGCCGAUCGCCAGCCAGGAGCAGUCGAGGAGCGGCACCCCGGCCGGCGCCGCCACGCCGUCCCUCAGCCCGCUCUGCUCGGUGCCGGCGUCGCCGUCCGCGUCGGAGCGGGAGCUGCAGAUCAGGACGCGCCGGGAGAUCGCCGCGCUCGGGCUGCAGCUGGGCAAGAUGAGCAUCGCGUCGUGGGCCAGCAAGGAGGAUCGCAUCCGCGCCUCGCCGGAGAAGAGCGCCGGCGAAGAAGACGAAGCCAGGAGGGAGGAGUUCGAAGCUCGAGCUGCGGCAUGGGCGGAGUCCAAGAAGUGUAAACUUGCAUCAAGAUAUCAGAGGAAGGAGGUGAAGAUUCAGGAGUGGGAGAACUGCCAGAAAUCCAAAUUCGAAGCCAAGAUGAGGCAUGCAGAGGUGCAGGCCGAUCAAAUGAAGGCGCGGGCGAAGAACAGCCUGACCAAGAGGCUGUCCACAUUGAGCCACAAGGUGGAGGGGAAGCAGGCGAGGGUCGAGGCGAGGCGGAACCGGCGGGCGGUCCGGCUGGCGCGGCAGGUGGAGCGCAUCCGGAAGACCGGCCGCGUGCGGUCCCGGUUCCGGUGCUGCAGCUGGUUCCUCUGCUGAAAACCAAGCAAAAUUCAGCUUGCCUCUGAAAUGCAGCCUGACUGAAGAGAAGCCUGAAUGUCUCAGUGCAAGCCUCUGGGACAAUAUGUACAUGAAAUUGUUUGAAUCAAUGUGCUGUAGGUGUUGCUUUGCUCUGUAGUCUGUACAAUCUGAAUUGCUGUGACCUGAGCUACAGCAUGUUGCCAUUGAUAACAUGAGCUAAUGCCAAUGGCCUGCUGACUAAUGUACUGAGAACUUGAAAUCAUCUUUUUAACUUGGUAGUGAUUGUAGAAAAAAAGGAAAAAUAUGGCAUUUUAUCUAGGAAAAAAAAUAUAUUAAUUGGUCAGCUC